CAGAUGAGGUGAGCGGGAGCUGAGGAUGGGAGCCCGGAUGCCUGGGUUCCACCUGCAGGGCUGCCCUCCAUACUCACACUUCACGACCCCCGUGUUGCAGCCGUCCUCAUGGCAGCAAGUGACAUUCGCCCUUACGGUGACGUCGGGCCGGAAGACCACCAUGUCCUACCAGACGGAGAUCAUUGUAGACUCACAGCCGGGGCCGCUGGGCCCUGGGGCAGUUUUCAGCGUGGGGGCGCUGCCGGGGGGGGCCUGGAGCUCCGAGCUCUGCGACUGCUGCUCUGACGUGGGCACCUGUCUGUGUGGUGCGCUGGUGCCCUGCAUCUUGGCCUCCCGGGUCUCGGAGCGCUUCGGCCAGACCUGCCUGCUGCCCUGCUUGCCCGGGGCCCUGGUGGCCCUGCGGACCGGCAUCCGUGAGCGCUACCGCAUCGAGGGCUCUGUGUGCGACGAUUGGCUGGUGAUGGUUUGCUGCCUGCCCUGCGGCCUGUGCCAGCUUUCCCGGGAGCAAGACGCCCGGCAGUGACGGGGGACGGUCAUUUGCACAGAUUUGCAUGCAUGCAAAUGAGCUCACGCAAACGACCCUACCCCAGCUCCCCGCUGACACCUCAAUAAAGAGCUGAUUGGA